AUGAAAGUUGAUGACCGAAAAGGAGAAGGGAGUGAUUUAAUAAAUCUUGGAAUAAUCGCUGAUCGGCGUGGUUUGUAUGAGAAGUCUAAGGAAUAUUACGAAAGAGCACUUGCAAUUUCGUUAGAGAGUGGCAGUAGACGAGGAGAGGCAGUCAGUUACGCAAACUUGGGAUCAUGUCUCCAGUCCAUUGGUGAAUAUGACAUGGCCGAAAAAUACUUCAGGAAGGCCCUCCGACUCAGUAGAGAUAUUAGAGACAGUUUGAACGAGUUCAAAUGCCUUUGUAAGCUAACGGUAUUGAAAGUAUCAGAAGUUGAUAUUAAAGCCGCGUUUUCGUACCUAUUUGAAAGCAUUGAAAAGUUCGAUACUUUACGAGGUUCCCUUAAAGACAACGAUCAGCUUAAAACGUCACUUUUAGAGGAGCAUGGUACCUAUCCCUACAAGAUGCUCAGUCGGUUGCUUUCUACCAGUGCGAAGCCCCAAGACGCUCUUUAUGUCGAGGAACUAAGACGGGCAAGAGGCUUGGCCGACUUGAUGGCGACUCAAUACUCUUUCAAAGAGCAGAUAACAGGCAGUCGAGAAACGUGGUGUGGCAUUCAGAAUGUUAUUCCAAGAGAGGGAGACUGUGCAUGCUUGUAUAUUUCGAUUGAUAAAGCAUCUGUUCGGUUUUGGGUUCUCAAAGCAACGAGAGCCAUUCUUUUUUUAAAAAGAGAAGUGAAUCUUCACCCAAGCGAGGUGACUGGACUAGUCCCUGCCUUAGAUGAGUUUUUCUCAGGAAGCUUCCGUGGCAUUUUACCCGAAGAGAAAUGCGAAGAUCGAUCGUUUGACGAUACCGAGUCAAUGUCGCUUGUCCAUGAAAAUUGCGCCCUGAUGCGUGACGACGAUGCUGUUAAAGUUAUUAAAGCGAAUCUUCACUUAUGCCACAAGAUAAUCAUCGCUCCUGUGGCUGAUUUACUGAAGGAGUCCGAGGUCAUAAU